AUGAACGUGACGCUCCAUCUCUCCUCAGUGCCCGGCCAUGAAGGAUGUCUCACCUUCGGGGAGCUGCAAGGUCAGCCGUGCGUUUGCAUGAAGGGGCGCUUUCACCUGUAUGAGGGAUACCCUCUUUGGAAGGUCACCUUCCCGGUCCGGGUAUUUAAACUCUUGGGCAUACAGAUUCUGCUGGUGACCAAUGCGGCUGGAGCGUUGGGGGAGUCGUAUCGCAUCGGGGACCUCAUGAUUAUCCGGGACCACAUCAACUUGCUGGGCUUGGCAGGGCAGAACCCAUUGCUGGGCCCCAAUGAAGAGAGGUUUGGACCCCGUUUCCCUGCCCUUUCUGAUGCCUACGACAGGAAGCUCCGUGCUUUGGCAGCGGAGGUCGCGGGGCACCUUGGAUACGCCUCCUUCGUCAAGGAGGGCGUCUACUGCAUGGUUGGAGGCCCCAACUUUGAAUCCGUCGCGGAGGCCCGGUUGCUGCACUCACUGGGGGCAGACGCAGUGGGAAUGAGCACCGCAGCCGAGGUCGUCGUGGCCCGGCACUGUGGGUUACGGGUCUUCGGCCUGUCGCUGAUCACUAACAAGGUGGCCAAGGAGUACGAGGCCCAGGAGCACGUCGAUCAUCUCAGAGUGCUGGAGGUGAGCCAGAGGCGAGUUUCCACCCUCCAGAGACUCCUCGCAGAACUUGUGGGCAGGUUGGAGCCAAUCGAUAGCAGCGGCGACCCAGAGGACAACAGGACCACGGGCCAGAAUGGACUCUGAAUGCUCCGGCGCUCCCCUCUAGACUUGGGGACCCACCUGGAGAGGACUAGGUUUGCCAGACUCUAAGUAGAUCCACAUGACAGUCAGUGAGUAAGGGCACUAGUAGGUUAAACUAACACCCCACUGCACCAGUUACUGGAGGCUCUCUCAAACCCAGUCUAUUCCGAAUAAAUUUGCAAACAUCUCAUAUGGUCUUUAGCCUAUCUCUCGACAGUAUGAUCCCUCAUCGGCGCAAAACAAAGACUCCAGAUUUUUUUUCGUUUCCAUAAAUCCUUCUCAAUUAAUAUCUCUUGGUUCCUAUAUUCUUUUUACCUGUAGUGUAUCUGUCACAAAUGUUCACACUCCAAAAACCAAGACUUUGUAGCUACACACAGGUGCCACAAUAAAUAUGGAAU